AUGGGGUGCUUCACCUUUAUCAAGGUCAUGAUGAUCCUCUUCAACCUGGCCAUAUUUCUUGGUGGCGGGACCCUCCUGGGAGUUGGCAUCUGGGUCACAGUAGAUGGACAGUCAUUCCUGGAUAUAUUUGGGACGAUAUCCUCUAGCAUCAUGCAGGUCGUAAAUGUGAGCUACUUCCUCAUCGUCAUUGGUUCCAUCCUGCUGGUGAUUGGCUUCCUUGGGUGCUAUGGUGCCCAGAAGGAGAGCAAGUGUCUCCUGAUGAUGUUCUUCUCGGUGGUGCUGAUCAUCUUCAUUGCUGAAGUUGCUGCUGCCGUGGUGGCUCUGGUCUACACAGGUCUUGCAGAGACGCUGCUGACGGCCGUGGUGACCCCUCUCCUGAAGGAGAAGUACGGGAAAGAUAAGAGUCUCACGCACAUCUGGAAUGUCACCAUGACGGAGAUCCAUUGCUGUGGCUUAAAUAACUACACAGACUUCACCAGCUCCCCCUGGCUUGAGGAACACGGAACCUACCCGGAGUCCUGCUGUAAUUUCGAGCAGCCCUGCAAUGAGACGCUCGCUGAAAAAAGCGAAGUCCAGGGUUGUUUCCAUCAGAUCUUGGAAGAAAUCAAGACUAAUGCAGGUGUGGUGGGUGGCGUGGCAGCCGGCAUCGCUGUCUUGGAGAUCGCAUCCAUGGCAGUUUCCAUGUACCUGUACUGCAAGCUGGAUGAGAAAUGA